AGCGAAUUCAAACCCGAUAAUGGAGGCCUUCUCUUGUGGCGUUAUCCGUUUGUCUGCUUUGAACUGAUCGAUUAGUCUGCUUUAUGACUCCACACACUCCGAUACAGUAGGCUAUGUUUUGCUAAAUGUCGGGUUUGCGGUCCGUUAAUAAACAAGAGGAGCGGGAAGCACCGGGCCGGCGGUGAAGCUGUUUUUUCGUGCAGCACAUUUUCCUUCUUGUAUUAUUUCGUCAAGAUAGCCAGCGAGCUAAAUAAGCAGCGACCGAAGAGUGAACAUGCCACGGGAAAUAAUAACGCUUCAGCUCGGGCAGUGUGGAAAUCAAAUCGGGUUUGAGUUUUGGAAGCAGCUGUGUGCAGAACAUGGUAUCAGUCCAGAGGGCAUAGUGGAGGAGUUUGCAACUGAAGGCACCGACAGAAAGGAUGUGUUCUUCUAUCAGGCCGACGAUGAGCACUACAUCCCCCGCGCAGUUCUCCUGGAUCUGGAGCCGAGGGUGAUCCACUCCAUCCUCAACUCUCCUUAUGCAAACCUGUACAACCCGGAGAACAUCUACCUUUCUGAGCACGGUGGAGGUGCUGGGAACAACUGGGCCAGUGGAUAUUCACAGGGCAAAAAAAUCCAAGAGGACAUCUUUGACAUCAUUGACCGGGAGGCAGAUGGCAGUGACAGUCUGGAGGGGUUUGUCCUGUGUCAUUCCAUUGCUGGGGGAACUGGCUCGGGACUGGGAUCCUAUCUACUGGAGAAACUCAAUGACAGGUACCCAAAGAAGCUGGUGCAGACUUACUCCGUUUUCCCAAACCAGGAUGAGAUGAGCGAUGUGGUCGUCCAGCCGUACAACUCGCUGCUCACGCUGAAGAGGCUCACCCAGAACGCAGACUGCGUGGUGGUGUUGGAUAACACGGCUCUAAAUCGCAUCGCCACAGACAGGCUGCAUAUCCAGAACCCCUCGUUCUCCCAGAUCAAUCAGCUGGUUUCAACCAUCAUGUCUGCAAGCACAACCACCCUGCGUUACCCGGGCUAUAUGAACAACGACCUUAUUGGCCUGAUUGCAUCCCUCAUCCCCACACCCCGCCUCCACUUCCUGAUGACUGGGUACACACCACUUACUACUGACCAGUCGGUUGCUAGUGUGAGGAAAACGACAGUGCUGGAUGUGAUGAGGAGGCUUCUGCAACCCAAGAACGUGAUGGUGUCCACAGGAAGAGAGAGGCAGCCGAGCCACUGCUACAUCGCCAUCCUUAACAUCAUCCAGGGAGAGGUGGACCCCACACAGGUGCACAAAAGCCUCCAAAGGAUCCGGGAGCGUAAACUGGCCAGCUUCAUUCCUUGGGGUCCUGCCAGCAUCCAGGUGGCUUUGUCCAGGAAAUCCCCAUACCUGCCCUCCGCACACCGAGUCAGCGGAUUGAUGAUGGCCAACCACACAAGUAUCUCCUCUCUGUUUGAGCGGACGUGCCGGCAGUACGACAAACUGCGUAAGCGCGAAGCCUUCCUGGAGCAGUUCCGCAAAGAGGACAUAUUCAAGGAAAACUUUGAUGAGCUGGACAAUUCUCGCGAAGUGGUCCAGCAGCUGGUAGACGAGUACAGCGCAGCCACGCGGCCUGACUACAUUUCCUGGGGAACACAAGAACAGUGAAGGGACAAUUUAUGUCUCGUUUUUCACUUUUCAGACUAUUUUCUCCUUCAUAUAGGUGCCCCAAAAUAGACAGGCUAUAGCUGCUUCUCUGAAAAUUAGAUUUAUUGGCUUGUUAUAGCAUGUAGUAGUAUUUUGUGUUUGUGUCUCAAAAUUGAAAAAAGAUACGCGUUAACACCCACUGUUAUUAUAUUAACCAAAAAAGUAAAAUGGUUGAAUAUAUAUUUUUUUUUCUGGACCACAUCCAGAAAUAAGAUAGAUAUACUCAAGCUCAGUUUAAAUAAAACAAUCCUUACCUAAUAGUCCAGUUCAGUGAAGGGAAAGUAAGAGUACUUCUUUCCUGCAAGUCAUUGCAGAGAGCAUCAAUAUAUCUUGUACAAAACAAUCUAUAAAUGUCUGUUAAUAGUUGUUUUUUUCCUUGUCCUUAACUCAGCUUUUACCCAGUGUAUCCUUUUUUGUUCAGCAAUUUAAGACAACCUGUUGCCUUGUUUUGGUCUAUUUUUAUACUGAGUACAGUACUUUAGUUUUUGUGCAGUUGAUUUACAGUAAAACGUCCACCUGCCUAUGAAAUGAUGGCCUUGAACAAUAAGAGUAGAAUUGGAGAAGUGUUCCAUGAUGGUUAAUCCCAGACAUUUCUGACAUGGUGCUUUGUACCGUCUGUUGGCUGCCGAUACACAUUGUUCAUUUGCUAACAACUGUACAUGACCAACAAGAAUGUCAAGUUGAAGUUGGGCGUGAGCCAAAAGUGACACUGCGUUGACAUUUUAACAGCAUUCGUCACUUACAACAGAGAAAGUAACAGUUUGCACAGAUGAACACUGUGUACAAGGAUGGAUUUCAUUUUAACAUCUAUGCCUGUAAAUACUUUAAAGGAUAGCUGGUUCUCAGGCAUUCUCUGUAUUGUCUGAAAUGAAGAUACUGUUUCAUGGUGCUUUGCUUGUUGGACCUGUUUAAAAUGGUGAAUAAACCUAUUUUCUAUUA